UGACAGGGAGAGAGGGGUGGAGGGGGCGGCGGAGGGAAACGUCUGAUUUCUGCUAGUUUAGAAUCUAAAUUUAAGUUACUUUUGUUUGUACGUCGCAAUUGUUGUGUGGUCUGUAGUGGAGUAGAGACGUGCGUACGACGGACCGUCUUUGGAAGCGCAGCAACAGGGCACAGAGCAGGAUGCGACGGUUGUAAGCCCGUGAAUAGGGAAGCAAUGCUGGCGAUGUACACCGCAACGCGGAAAAUAUUAAGGAGAAUACGAGCGCGUAGGAGGGUCUGAAUCUUCACUAAACGUAAAAUGGAUGAAAUGUUGCAUGCGUUCCCGCUUUCAUUCAAUUCAGCUAUCGGCAUAGAAUAGUAUAGAUGGCUAGUUUACUCGCAAGUUAAAUGCAAAGUUGCACACAACCUCUCCUGCCGACUGAAACAAAAGGAACGAGCAGUUCGCCUGCUAGCGUCUUCAUACCAAAGAAGACAAGACGCAAAACUGCGAUAUGAUGCGAAGACUUAACCGUUUGCUCCGGGGGGACGAGCGGAGGGUGGACAGCCGCACCGUCUGCGUGGGACACCGCCCCAGCCCCGCCACCGAGGUCUUCAUCCCACCCAAAUUCUGCGACAACAGGAUCGUGUCUUCCAAGUAUACCAUUUGGAACUUUCUGCCAAAGAACCUGUUUGAGCAGUUCCGACGAAUCGCCAAUUUCUACUUCCUCAUCAUAUUCCUGGUGCAGGUGAUAGUGGACACCCCCACCAGCCCUGUCACUAGUGGCCUGCCCUUGUUCUUUGUCAUCACGGUGACGGCAAUCAAACAGGGCUAUGAGGACUGGUUGAGGCACAAGGCUGAUAACGAGGUGAAUAAGUACCCGGUGACUGUGCUGGAGGACGGCCGGAGGACCCGCAAGGAGAGCGAGAAGAUCAAGGUCGGUGACAUCAUGGAGGUGGUGGAGGAUGAGACCUUCCCCUGUGACCUGAUCCUGCUGCAGUCGAGCCGCGAGGACGACACCUGCUUCGUCACCACGGCCAGCCUGGACGGCGAGUCCAAUCACAAGACACACUACACAGUGCCUGACACUGAGAGGGAUCUGGAAUUGCUCAAUGCCACCAUUGAGUGUGAACAGCCCCAACCUGACCUAUACAAGUUCGUGGGGCGGAUGCACAUCUACAGGAGCGAUCAGGACCCCGCCGUACGGUCUCUGGGCCCGGAGAAUCUGCUUCUGAAAGGGGCCACUUUGAAAAACACCAAGAAGAUCUAUGGCGUGGCGGUUUACACCGGCAUGGAGACCAAGAUGGCGCUGAACUACCAGGGGAAGUCCCAGAAACGCUCGGCUGUGGAGAAGUCGAUCAACGGCUUCCUGCUGGUGUAUCUGAUCAUUCUGCUGAGUAAGGCUCUGGUGUGCACCGCGCUGAAGUACGUGUGGCAGAGCCAGCCCGGCCAGGACGAGCCCUGGUACAACCACAAGACCCAGAAGGAGAAGGACACCUACCGGUACCUGAAGAUGUUCACAGACUUCCUGUCCUUCAUGGUGCUCUUCAACUUCAUCAUUCCCGUGUCCAUGUACGUCACCGUGGAGAUGCAGAAGUUUCUGGGCUCCUUCUUCAUCACCUGGGACAAGGACUUCUACGAUCCCGAGAUCCAGGAGGGGGCGCUGGUCAACACCUCCGACCUCAACGAGGAGCUGGGACAGGUGGAGUACGUGUUCACAGAUAAGACGGGCACCCUCACUCAGAACAACAUGGAGUUCAUAGAGUGCUGCAUCGAUGGCAUCCAGUACAGGUCCCGGGGCCGCCUCGCUGAGCUGGAGGAGUAUGACACCACUGACGGGCCCAUCAGCAAACUGCAGCCGAAGGCCGGCACGGAGAAGGAGGAGCUCUUCCUCAGGGCCCUCUGCCUGUGUCACACGGUGCAGGUGAAGGAGCCGGGCCUGGGGGCGGAGGGCCUGCACCAGGGGGACCUCGGGGACCAGGUGGACGGGCUGGACGGCGGGCUGGAGGUCCCCCUCGUGGAGGAGGAGCGGGGCUUCAUCGCCUCGUCCCCCGAUGAAGUGGCCCUGGUCAAGGGGGCCAUGAAGUAUGGCUUCACCUUCCUCGGGCUGGAGUGUAAAGAGAUGAAAAUACUCAACCGGAAUAACGACGUCGAAGCGUAUGAGCUGCUUCACGUGCUGAACUUUGACCCUGUGCGGAGACGGAUGAGCGUGAUCGUGAGGUCGCCGACGGGGGACACGCUGCUCUUCUGUAAGGGCGCCGACUCCUCCAUCUUCCCCCGGGUCAAGCCGGACGAGGUGGACCGGAUACGCAUGCACGUGGAGCGCAACGCCACGGAGGGCUACCGCACGCUGUGUGUGGCCUAUAAGCAGCUGAGUGUGGAGGAGUACACUCAGGCCGACGCGGGGCUGAGGGACGCCCGGCUGGCCCUGCAGGACCGGGAGGAGAGGCUCAUGGCCGUCUACAACCAGGUGGAGACCGGCAUGAGCCUGAUCGGAGCCACGGCGGUGGAGGACAGACUCCAGGAGGAGGCGGCGGAGACCAUGGAGGCCCUGCAGGGCGCGGGCAUUAACGUGUGGGUGCUGACGGGGGACAAGAUGGAGACGGCCAAGUCCACGUGCUACGCCUGCCGCCUGUUCCAGCGGGGCACGGAGCUGCUGGAGCUGACGGUGCGCACCCUGGAGGAGGGAGGCCGCAAGCGCGAGGAGCGGCUACACGACCUGCUGCAGGACUACCACAAGAGGGCGGUGAAGGACGCCCCGCCCCGCAGAGCCGGGGUCAACAGGGGCUGGGCGUCGGCGGCGCAGGAGUACGGCUUCAUCAUCGACGGCGCCACGCUCACCCUGGUGAUGAACGCCUCGCCCGCCUCCGGCCCCGGCAGCUACAAGAGCCUGUUCCUGCAGAUCUGCCAGAACUGCACCGCCGUGCUCUGCUGCCGGAUGGCCCCGCUGCAGAAGGCCCAGAUUGUGAAGCUGGUGAAGAAUUCCAAAGGAAACCCCAUCACGCUUUCCAUUGGAGACGGAGCCAAUGAUGUCAGCAUGAUCCUGGAGGCGCACGUGGGGAUAGGCGUGAAGGGGAAAGAAGGGCGGCAGGCGGUGCGGAACAGCGACUACGCCAUCCCCAAACUCAAGCACCUGAAGAAGCUGUUACUGGGCCACGGACACCUGUAUUACGUCCGCAUCGCCAACCUGGUGCAGUACUUCUUCUACAAGAAUCUCUGCUUCAUUUUACCGCAGUUUCUGUUCCAGUUCUUCUGUGGGUAUUCACAGCAGCCCUUGUACGAUGCCGCCUAUCUGACGAUGUACAACAUCUGCUUCACCUCUAUGCCCAUCCUGGCCUACAGCCUGCUGGAGCAGCACAUCAGCAUGGAGGUCCUGCUGGACAACGCCAAGCUGUACAGGACGAUAGCGAAGAACGCAAUGCUCCGCAGGGCUCCCUUCCUCUCCUGGACACUGCUGGGCUUGUUCCACGGUCUGCUCUUCUUCUUUGGUGUUCGAUUUCUUUUCGGAAACCCAGCAAUGCAGGACAACGGCCAGGUUUUUGGAAACUGGUCGUUUGGGACAAUCGUCUUCACAGUCCUCGUCUUCACUGUCACCCUUAAGCUGGCUCUGGACACGCGGCACUGGACCUGGAUCAACCACUUCGUCAUCUGGGGCUCGCUGGCCUUCUACAUGCUGUUCAGCUUCUUCUGGGGCGCCAUCAUAUGGCCCUUCCUGAAGCACCAGCGGCUGUACUUCGUCUUCGCGAACAUGCUGAGCUCCGUGUCGGCCUGGCUGGUGAUCAUCCUGCUCGUCCUGCUGAGCCUUCUCCCGGACAUCCUGCUGUGUGUGCUGAGGAGGCCCCGCGGCCCCCACCCCCGCCAGAAGAAGCCGGGUCAGUCGGGCGCGGGGGACUCCUCCCAGUCUUCAGCCAGGCCUCUGCUCAUGAGAACCUUUUCAGACGAGUCCAAUACUGUCAAUUAAACAGCCGUCAGAAGAUCCCCUCCUACCUGUAGACAUUUAAAGAUCGCUGAUGUCACACCGCUGUCGUACAAGAACUUGAACGAGCGGGGAUGAAGGGGCGGGAGUGACGACUGGGAGGACCCCUGGUCAAAGGACCCGAGCUGUCUCUUCUGCGCCGGCUGUCUGGGCUGCUGCCUGAUUAAAAAAAUAAAAAUAAAAAAGAGACUAAAAAUGAAAAAGAGCAGCACUCAGCCCGGCGUGUGAACCCGCGCGCUCCCGAGAGGGGCUCAUCACCGUCCUGCAUGCCUCUGGCCCCUCGUCCAAUCAGCAUGCACUGCAUAUACUGCUCAGACUCGCUCUCCCCGCGGGGUCGACGGCUUUCCGGAUUGUUCUCCGGCUUUCUCUUUUCCGUCAGCGCGGUGGAGGUCGACGGCCCACCCCGCCCCUCCUCAUCAGCAGCUGCGGGUGACCUCACACGCAGCCCCUUCCCCGCAAUCCCACAAUGCCCCGCCCGCAUGGACGGACACGCCCGCAACGGCCACGUGCCACGGUCGCCGUGGGAACGAUCCGGUGGGGAGGGGGGGAGAAAGACCUUUUGUCCGUACUAACUUUUUAAACAUUUUGUUACAGUGUCAUGCAGACUUGGGUCCACUUGUAUUGGAAAUACUUUAACCAUUCAGCUGCCACUAAAAUCGCUAGGCGCACCUGCAGGUUGCUGAGAACCUUCAGAGAACCUUAAGCUAACCAAAAUGUGCAUCACAUGAAUGAAGAACCUUUUUUUUUUUCUUUUUUUCUUUUAGUCUUUUCCGUAAUCUGCAGGAAUUUUACUGGUGUCUCAAAUGAUUAAAAUAAGUAUUUCAAAUAAUUAUUUGACCCAGGUCUAAUUUCAUGUCUUUGAAACAAUCAGCCGGAUUUAUAUGGCAAAUAUUUUCAUUAUUGAAAUGUUAAAGUGGGCCAUGGACUUGAAUUCCUGUCCACAAGAUUCAAAUUUACUUUAUCAUUCUUUGUCAUAGUCGAACCACAAGAACGUAAAGAGUUGUGAGCUGUACUACACAGAACUGGGAGAUGACCAUAGAUAGUGUGCUGAGCAGGCUUUGUUCCUGCCGUCAGACCGUGUGGAAUUCUGGGAUAUCGGGGGAGGAUAUGUGCUUGAGAGAUCAGGGCCUGGACGGUGCAUACCCUUGCUUCUCUCACUGAAAAAGGUGUGUGGAUGUUGAUACGUGGAAGGUAUCUGGAGGAAAUUGUGCCUCCCUUUGAAGGCUUUAAAACUGUCUGCAUUUGGGGGCUUACGGUCUUGCCAUCUCCCAGUCUCUGUAGUCAACCAGGGAAGAUGUAGAGUUGUUGUUUCUAAAUUUCUCUGAAGGUAAAUGACUUGCAUGUAUGUGUACGUAUGUGCUGGAUGCCAAAAACUAUUUUUUGGGCGGUGUGUUGGGAGUGGGGGGUAUAUGGCGGCUGAACUUCAAAGACUGCCCCAUGGGAGCUGUAUAGCUGUGUUCUUGGGGUUUCUGCAGGACCAGAAUCACACUCACCUUUCACAUAGGAGCUGUGCUGUGAAUGUGCCAUUCCUUGUGUAUUUGUGUUUUUGUUUGAAUACUUCUGCAUUGUGUCCAUUUUUCCUUCAUUUCCUACAAGCCUGUGGUCCGUCUGUCUGUCUUUGAGCAGACGUGUAAUCUUGCAGGUUGACACACGCACACGCGUGUGCGUACACGCGACAUGCUUGGGCUUCAGAACAUGGGGAAGGUGGUUAGCACGCUCAUAUUUUGCAGGCCCCUGUCUGAGGUAACUGUGCCGACCACACCGUCUGCCUGUCGGGGUGUGUGUUCCACUGUGCACUGGAGGACUGCCCUCCCUCCGAUAUGCCCCCAGGGCUGCUUUGCACUUCCAUGCCUUCGGCGAAAAGCCCCUGCACUGGGGUGGGUUUGCCUUUAAUGCCCUCUGACGUGCAUAAUUGCCCUCAGUGAUCACUUUAUUAGGUAGACCUGUACACCAGCUCAUCAAUGCAAAUAUCCAGUCGGCCUAUCGUGUGGCAGCGACUUCAUGCGUAGGAGCAUGCACGUGGUCAAGAAGUUCAGUUGUUGGUCAGACCAAACGUCAGAAAGGUGAAGAGAUAUGAUCCAGGCCAGUUUGUCUGUGGAAAGAUCGUUGGUGGUUUGAAUAUCUCAGAAACUGCUGGUCUCCUGGGACAUCAGUCUGGAAUUUACUGAUAAUGGUGCGAAAACAAAGGAGCAUCCAGUGAGCAGCAGUUCUGUGGGCCCAAACGCCUUGUUAAUGAGAAAGGCCAGAGGGGAAUGGCCAAACUGGUUCAAGCUGACAGGAAAGUGAUAGUACAGGGGUCAUUGUGGUCUGAAGACUGCUGGUCUUCCACCCUCCCUUUACCUGGGCGUCAGGUGUGACCACCCUCCCUUUACCUGGGAGUCAGGUGUGUUCACCCUCCCUUUACCUGGGAGUCAGGUGUGUUCACCCUCCCUUUACCUGGGAGUCAGGUGUGACCACCCUCCCUUUACCUGGGAGUCAGGUGUGACCACCCUCCCUUUACCUGGGAGUCAGGUGUGACCACCCUCCCUUUACCUGGGAGUCAGGUGUGACCACCCUCCCUUUACCUGGGAGUCAGGUGUGACCACCCUCCCUUUACCUGGGAGUCAGGUGUGAAGGCAGUCUGGCCAAUCGGUAGCACUAAUUGUUCAGCUAAUUACCUGGGAGAAAAGAAAACCAGGGCUGGAUUUGGAUUUGAGGCCCAGAUUUGAUGACGGCUGUGAUAACUCAAAUAACCACACAUUACAGCAGUGGUAUGCAGAAGAGCAUCUCUGAACACACAACACAUUGAACCUUGAAGUGGAUGGGCUAAUGCAGCAGAAAUAAAUUAAAAUUAAUAAAUUAAAUUUAAAAAGUCUAAAUGCCUAAUAAAGUGGUCACUGAGUAUAGUUUUUCAUACAUUCCAUUUAUACAUCGCCAUGACUUUAAUCACUUUUUGAAAUACUACAGAUUUUUUUGUUUAUCUGAUUCUAUAUGAUAUAUUUAUUGUAAUGUGUGAUUUUACUUGCGAAAUGUUAUUUUUAUUACCAUGAUUGUUUUGUUUUAAAUGAAUGGGGAAGGCCGAUCCGAUGGCGCCGGUCGUUCGAGGAAACCCUCUGAGCUGCCGUCCUUGAGCCGCAGUCCGUAGAGGUCUGGCUCCCCUGCUCCACUACAGCACUGAUCCCAGACCAGUGACAAAGCCGAGAGGAGUCUUCGCCACACAUCAGACUCGCUGCGAAUCACUGAUCUGGGGGUCAGUGUCGAAGGAGAGGCUGCUACUAAACUGCAUUCAAACCUGGAAUAGGCUGCCAUUUUCUUUUUUUUUAAUAUAUGUAUACAAUUCUGUGACGUGCCAUACUGGGUCUUGCGGUUAAGUGUCUGAAGAGUUUAGCCAAAUUUGUUUUUAACUUUAUGAGGCCCAAGCCUCCACCAAAUUAAGAACUUUGCCAAUGGAAAAAUUGGAAGGAGUCUUAAGAUAUCAUAAUGUACCUUUUAUGUAUUUCUUUUAACAGGAAUGCAGGAAUACAAUUUGUGCAAUGUCUCUGUAUUGAAUUGCCUUUAUGGUGCAUUUGUGCGAUUAGACACCGUGUAAGAUGGAGCCUUUUUGGACCUUUUGUGACUGCUUUAAAAUGGCUGGGCUGCGAUUACCAGCAAUGUCACGUUUUGAGUCGCCUUGUUCACACAUUUCUUGUUUGCUUAUGAUCGGUUCACCUUUGUUUUUCUCCGAUUAAGAGCAGAAUAUUGAGUUGUGAUUUAUUUGUGUUUGAAAUGAGAAGUGGGAAGCCUCAUAGAGGCGGUGUAUGACACAACUGGAGUCUAUUCCAUAUUCAUUGAGGAAAUAAAUUUUGGGGUUCUUAAAUGUACGCGAGUUGAACAUUUUCUGAAUUCACUGAACUGAAAUGGAAUCGACUGCAAGCCUUUUAGAAAGACUCCAUUUUGAAUGCGGUUUCGGGGGCAGCCUUGUCCCGAUUCGGGCCCCCUCCAAAGCGAAUGUCUCCACCUCUCCCGUGGGCGGUGCCAUGAGAUCAGAACAUAUAUCCACAACCAAAAACAUCUUUCCAUUUGUUUUUCUUUUAGUCUAUUUACCUGCUAAAGAAUUGGCUCCAGGUGUUGCUUUGGGGUUUGGCGAGUCAGUAGUGUCAGAAGUGUGCCCCUGUAAAUGUUUCCUUUAUGUUUACAAGCUUCGUCCAAUCAGAGACUGCCGUCCCUGUGCUUGGGCCAAUGGCGGCCGCGUCGCUGGGCUGAAACGGGGUCAUGUGACCUGGUUUUCAGGCGGUCGAAUGCAGGGAUGGGAGCUGCCUGUGAUUAUGAAAAUACAAACAAACCUUUAAUCGACAUCUGAGAUGCUGUCUUCACGGCUUGUAUUUCUCAGAUUCUCAUGUUUGCCUGACUUAUAAAAAGAAAAAAAAAUGAAAAAGAUGUGAUAAUAUUGUUCACGUGUGAUAACAUUUUCUAAUGCAAUGUUUUUCCAGAAAUCUUUUCUAAAAAAAAUAAAUAAAUAAGUGAAGAAAAAAAGGAAAACGUCCCAAAAAUCGGAAGUGAAAAAGUCUCUGCUCUGAACAGGGAGAUGCUGGGCAUUCCUGAGUGCAGUGCCGUGCUCUGAAGACCGCCACAAGGUGGCGCUGCGGUCACGGAGGCCCCCUCAGUACACUCCCGCAGCCUCAGAACUCUAAACCUCCUCUCUGAAUGUACCUCUAUGCCCAAUCAAUCAGAAAAAACCUUUCUGUAAUAAAAACAAAACCGUGAAAUUA